CGUCCUGUCAAUUUUUUUUUCAAACCGAAUCAAAGAGAAGAAGACCGUUCAUCGAUAUCAGUGCCUAACCCUUUCAGCUUAGUUCAGUUUCCAUUAAUUUUUAACUCUCUUUACCUCUCUCUCUCUUCACAGACACCGCAGAGACGGCGACUUUUUGUAUAUGCUUGAGCUUGAACUCUACCGGAUCAAGAACCAGGAGACCGUCAAAAAAGGAACAAACAGGGAGGAGGAGGAGAACAAGAGAAGGCUUCUUAAGCUUGCGAUAAUGGUUGCUGGGAAGGUCAAGUUGGCAAUGGGUUUGCAGAAGUCUCCUGGGAAUCCCAAAACUCAAACGCCGCCUAAACCACCGCUUCCUUCCCCCAGCUCCGGGAAAGUUGCCCCUCAGAAGGUGUUCUCACGCUCUUUCGGUGUUUACUUCCCACGUUCCUCUUCCCAGGUCCAGCCCCGUCCUCCAGACGUUACCGAACUUUUACAGCUUGUGGAAGAGCUCCGUGACCGAGAAGCUAGACUGAAAACGGAGCUUCUGGAGUUCAAACUGAUGAGAGAAAGUGUAGCUAUAGUUCCUAUACUUGAGAAUGAGAUUUCAACAAAGAAUGCUGAGCUUGAAAAUGCAGUGAAAAAAAUUGAAUGCUUGGAAAGUGAUAAUGAGAAGCUUAGAACAGAGUUGAGUGAAGCGAAGGUUGUGUUUGAAGAAAGGAAACGAGAAAGCGAGAAUAAGGUUAAAGCCUUGGAGGCUGAGAUUGUGGAGCUCAAGAAGACAUUGUUGGAUAAAGAAAGUGAAGAGCUUUCUUCAUCGCAGAGAUUUCAUGGGUUAAUGGAUUUCUCGACAAAGUCUAAUCUGAUCAGGAAUUUGAAAAAAGGAGUGAAAUGUACGGACAUUGUAAGUCUAAAUCAUGAGACUCAAAUUCAAAAGUCUGAAACUUCAGAUUUCAAGAGAGAAGAAGCCGAAAUUGAAAGACCCAGGCACUCCAGGUGCAACUCUGAGGAACUCGUCGACUCCACUCUGUCUAACCUGAGAUCUCGCGUUCCUAGGGUUCCAAAACCCCCACCGAAAAGAUCCUCAUCAACCUCACCUAGCAUGUCCGAUCAAUCCGUUUCAGCACCACCUCCACCGCCACCUCCGCCACCUCCGCCUCCUCCCCAUCCUCCAGCGGCUGUCAAACCAGCUGCACCGCCUCCGCCUCCGCCACCACCAAAGGGUACUAGAAUGGGGCCUGCUAAGGUCAGGAGAGUGCCAGAGGUGGUGGAGUUUUAUCAUUCUCUAAUGCGGAGAGAUUCCCGGAAGGAAUCUGGUGCCGCAGCACAGGAUGUGUUACCUGCAACCGCCAAUGCUCGCGAUAUGAUAGGAGAAAUCGAGAACCGGUCGACGCAUUUGCUGGCGAUAAAAACAGAUGUGGAAACACAGGGAGAUUUUAUUAGGUUUCUGAUCAAAGAAGUGGAGAAUGCUGCAUUUACAGACAUUGAAGAUGUGGUGCCUUUUGUUAAAUGGCUAGACGAUGAGCUAUCUUAUCUGGUGGACGAGAGAGCUGUGCUUAAACACUUUGAUUGGCCAGAGCAGAAGGCAGAUGCAUUGCGUGAGGCUGCAUUUGGUUACUGUGAUCUCAAGAAGUUAGGAUCAGAGGCGUCAUCGUUUCGUGAUGACGCUUGUCAUCCAUGUGGUCCUGCUCUCAAGAAAAUGCAGGCUUUGCUUGAAAAAUUAGAGCACGGUGCUUACAAUCUAUCAAGAAUGCGAGAAUCUGCUACAAACAGAUACAAGGGGUUUCAAAUUCCAACGAAUUGGAUGCUUGAAACUGGAAUUGUAAGCCAGAUCAAGUUGGCUUCUGUAAAACUAGCAAUGAAGUAUAUGAAGAGAGUAUCUGCAGAGCUUGAAAGUGUUUGUGGGGGCCCAGAAGAAGAAGAGCUGAUAGUACAAGGUGUUAGAUUUGCCUUCCGUGUACAUCAGUUUGCUGGAGGGUUUGAUGUUGAAACAAUGAGGGCAUUCCAAGAACUAAGAGAUAAAGCCAGAUCAUGUCAUGUACAGUGCCAAAGCCAGCAACAGCAGAAAUUAGUAUGCAGGUCUACAUCUUUCUAAUAAACAAUCUGUAGCAAACUCGCUUCAGAAUUCAUGAAAGUUUUUUUGUACAUCAUGAUUGUUAAUACAGUAUAUGGCUAUCGCCAUCUUCGUAAUUGCUGCCAGCUUAUGAAGAUCUAUUCAUCUGUCUUUUUUUUUUUUUUUAACUCAUCGAUAUUGUACUCCGAUGACUAUAUAAUUCAAUUAAAGCUUUAUGCUUCUCAUUUGCA